AUGGCCGUGGCAACUUGGGGUGGCACCCUCCGUGGGGAGAAGCUACGGGCUGAAUGCGCUGCCAAGGGUAUUCCAAUGGAGAAGCUCAGCUACGAGCAAGCGGAUGCCCUGUGCUUAGUGAAAGGGGGUGGGGAACGGGAAGACCCUGCAAUGCUAGUUGUGGAGCGGGCCUUCGAACAUGUUCGUGUCUUGCUGAGAGGAGGGCAAAGGUGGCCUGGAACUCAGAAGCAGGAGUACCGAGGAGAGGAGCACCCUGGGCAUCCCCGCUCCCACCGAAUCGAGCAGCACCAGAACAACCUAUCCUUCACAAGUCAGAAUGUCACUCACAGCAAAGGCACCUCGAAAGGCACGUACUACCCGCCGUUUCCUGUGCUGGGACUUGCCAGCGAUGGCGGACAGAUCUUUCUCAGCUGCGGUGGUGGCGGCGCGACGGCUGCAAAGGAAGUCCCCAACGUCGUGCAGGCACAUCGCUAUGACGAAGCGACUGGGCAGAUGAGCACCAUUGCUUCCUUGGACACUGCGAAGUGCGUUGUUGUUGCGCUGUCCUACGCGCCCGCACUGGAGCUGUGGUUAGGCAGCGUUGGGCGCGGCUGCAAGGUCUUGCAGCUGUCUGUGGAGAAGAACAGCCUGACAGAAGUUUGUGAGUGGCAGACAGAAGAGACCGGCAAGCUGCCAUCUCAGAAUGUGGCGAGGUGCUCUCCCAAUGGCCACUUGGUGGCCACCGGCGGCACAGAUGGCAUCGUGCGGAUAUUUGAGGCGGCCAAGCUCCAGUCCAGCCCUGUGUUGAAGCACACUUGUGCCAAGAACGACGAGGUCCUAGAUUUAGAGUUUUCGCCGGACAGCAAAGUCCUGGCCUCCUGCGAUCGAACCGGUCUCUGCAGACUUUGGGAUCCAUCGACGGGCGAAGAAACUAGAUCCAUUGACUUCAAGCACGCUGGCACAGCAGUGGCGAUCCGAGCAAUACGCUACCUGCCGCCGCAGGAAGGCCAGCAGCAGCGCUUCCUUUGCGCGAUGUCGGCCCCUAGGGGGCCUGCCUGCCUGGCCAUCUACAACGCCGAUGGCAGCAUGGUCAAGGACGUGAAAGUCCACGACAAGCCCCUGACCGCCAUUGCAGUUGACAAGCCAGGUCAGACUGUGUGCGUCAACCUGGUGACUGGCGGAAAGCGCUUGUAUUCUCUGCCGAACAUGCGCUGUGUGAAGAAAGCAGAGAAUGUCCACGACUUACCUGCACCCUGCGCCGUCUUCGUAGAGUCCACCGCAGUUUCCGGUAGCGGCGAUCGCUCCAUCAACCUGCUUUCGUGCAAGAAGGCUCCAGGAGGAGGAAGCACGUCAUGCUUGUAUUUGCUUUUGCUCGUGGUCGUGAUGGUCGCUGUGUGCUUCCUCAUUCUGCGCAUAGGCAUGAAAGGGGCGGUGCUGAUGAACAGUGCCGGCGAGCUUUGA